AUUCUGUCACCAGCACGCAGCCGCAGCUUGGAGGAUGUGAGAGAGUCAGGCAAUGAAAGCACGAUAUCAUUUGAUAUAGAGAACACGGUGUUGACAGUGGAACCUUCUGACCAAUCAGAACUAGGGACACUGAGGUCAUACAAGGGGAGCUCAGUCAGGGCACAGCUAAGCAGGCUGGAGGGGAUGUACUCACACGUGAUGAAGACUCUAGAGGAGAACGCACACAGUGGUGUCAGGACCAGGAGGCGCUGGAGCAUUGGCAGCUCAGACACCAGUUCUUUAAGGCAGCCCACACGGCAGAGCAGGCAUAGCAGGGCAUCCAGUCACAGGAUAGGCAGCAAGGAUGUCAGAGCAAUAGGCAAGCGGUUCCAAAGGUUGGAGUCCCAUGUGAUCACGCUAGCAAGGAGCGUGGCCCACCUGUCAUCGGAGCUGAGGACCCAGGGCCUCAUGACCAGGGAGAUUGAGAACGUCAAGCGAGAGAUCUCUGAGCUGAGGCUAGAGAAACAAAAUCAGCCCACCCCACACAACUCUGGCAGUAGCAGGUACCUGACGGAGGGGGAGAAAUAUCGGUACUGGUCUCCCUUCUUUGCCAACCCAAGACGUGUCGGAAAACUCACGCAAUUUUUUGGACAGGAGCCUCCUUUGCUGGAACUUUUCCUUAAAAAACUUGGCUAUGAGAAGUACCUAAAGAACUUUGAGAGUGAGCACGUAGGUAUGAUAGAACUCCCGUACAUGACUGAGGACAGGCUGCAGAGCAUCGGGAUCCCCAUGGGGCCACGGCUGCGAAUCAUGCAGGAAGCCCAGCUGAACAAAUCUCUUUCAUUGAAGAACUCAGUUUAGACAAGGAGAAAGAACUGAGCUAAAAAUAGAUUUCUUUGAAUGCAAGGACAGACAAGCAAUGUGCAGUUUAGUGUUACAAAGACAAAUUAAUUUUACCAUCCGUCCAUGACUUGUUAUGUACAAUUUUGUUGAAAGGAAAAUAUAUAUGUUACAUAAAUUUUGAUAAGUUAUUCUCUUUGUAUUUUUGUAUUAUAAUUUUAUAAAUAAAGUAUAUACAACUUGUUGCAUUGUAAGUAUUUUUUGUUUUUUUUCCCCCUACAUAUCAAAUGUUAAAAUAUUUAUUUUCAGCCUUAUAUUGUUUACUAAACUUGUUACCCACAACACUUUAAAAAAGAAAACAAUGUAAAUUAAUAUUUUGUUUAGCCAUGUAAACAAGAUUAAUUUUUGGUAAUAAAAAUAAUCAAUUUGUAGUGUAUUAUUUCCUUAAGAUGUGGAUAUUUUGUGUUUGUGGAAAUGCUACAACUUUCCUAAUACCAUAAACUUAAAUGUUUGGUCUAAAAAUUACAGUUGGUGUUGUGCAAUAUUUUAUUCAUACCCUUCAGUUGAUAAAAAUAUAACUGAAUUAAGAAAAUGCUUUUAACAUCCAUAAAAAUAAAUCCAAAAUGCUGAAAACAGACCAUGGUGAUAUUUUAAUCAAUAACUUUUAGUGUUUUUUAUGUAUUUCAAAGCAAAUUUUAGCUGUGUUCUAUUUUUGCUUUAAUUCAAAUAUGUCAAAAAGAGAUUUCAUUUUGGUUGAAAAUGUUAAUGAAAAGAGUAACUGAAGAGUAGUGGUCAGUUAAACAGCUCUUGUAAUGAAAUUAAUUUGUAACUACCAGCCUGGUUUCUACAAUAUGUGAGG